AAUGUCAACGAAAUUAAGAGAUUUGAUUAGAAAUAUUAGAACAUGUAAAACAGCUGCAGAAGAGAGAGCAUUAAUAAAGAAAGAAUAAGCAUUGAUAAGAGAAUCCUUUUCAGCAAAUGAAUCAGAAUAUAGACCCAGAAAUGUGGCUAAGUUGCUUUUCAUAUCUAUGUUGGGUUAUGAGACUGAUUUUGCUUAAAUGGAAUGUUUGCAUUUAAUAACAGCCAAUACAUAUAAUGAAAAGAGAAUAGGUUAUUUAGCAUUGACACAAUUAUUUAAUGAGAAAAGUGAAGUGUUAAUGAUGGCCACAAAUCGAAUUAGAAUUGAUUUAAAUAAUCCAUCUAAUUAUAUAGUAUCAUUGGCAUUAAUGGCACUAAGUGAAGUAUGCACAAGUGAAAUGUGUAGAUCAUUAUCAGGAGAGGUUUUGAAAUUAUUGCAGAAUGGCACAGCAUAUAUAAAAAAAAAAGCAGCUUUAGCAAGUACUAGAAUAGUGACACGUGUACCAGAAAAAAUUGAUGAGUUUUCAUAAAAAGUUGAACUAUUAUUAGAUGAUAGACAUCAUGGAGUAUUAGUAGCUUCAUUGUAAUUAGCAUAACAUAUUUUAUAAAUACAACCUGAUCAAAAAUAAAGAUUUUAAAAAUUUGUAUAACCUAUGGUUAGAAUAUUCAAAUCUAUUUAUUCUACUUAUUCUGCAGAAUAUGAUAUAGGUGGAGUAUCAGAUCCAUUUUUAUAAAUUGAGAUUCUUAAAUAUUUUAGAAUUAUGUGUCAAGGAAAUGUUUAAUUAUCAGGAGAAGUCUCAGAUAUCCUUACUUAAGUUGCAGCUAAUACAAAUAAUACUAAAAAUUCAGGUAAUGCUGUUUUAUAUGAAUGUGUAAAAACUAUUUUUGCAAUUGAAUCUUCUAAUACUCUUAAGACUUUAGGAAUCAAUAUUUUAGGUAAGUUUUUAUAGAAUAAAGAUGCAAAUAGUAAAUAUAUUUCAUUAUUUAUGUUAUAAAAAGUAUUGAAACAUGAUCUCUAAGCUGUUCAAAAACAUAAAUAAACUAUUUUAGAAUGUUUGAAAGAAAAUGAUAAUUCAAUUAAAACAUUAGCAUUAGAUUUAUUAUAUGUAAUUACUAAUGAAACUAAUGUAAAAGGUAUUGUUAAAGAAUUAUUAAAUGUAUUACUUAGUCUAACUGAAGAAGAUGCUGAUUUUACUAAAGAAUUAACUAAUAAAAUUUGUUAAAUUGUUGAAAAAUAUGCUCCAUCAAGAAGAUGGUAUAUAGAUACAUUCAUUAAAAUUUUGAUAUUGGCAGGAAAUUAUGUUGAAGAAGAAUCAAGUUCAUCUUUAAUUCAUUUAAUUAUUGGUACUCCUGAAUUGUAAAGUUAUGCUAUUCAUAAAUUGUUUUUCUCAUUAUAAGAAAAUUUAAAUUAAGAAGGAUUAGCAAGAACUACUGCAUAUUGUAUAGGAGAUUUUGGUCAUCUUUUAUUAAAAGGAGAUGCAACAGCAAUAGAUAACACUCCUAUUUAAAUAACAGAAGAAGAAAUUCUAGAUCUACUUACUAAAUUAUUAGAAAAACCUAAUUAAAAGAAUGUUAUUAAAGAAUAUGUAUUAUCUGCUCUUAUUAAAUUAUAUCCUAAAAUAAAUAAAUUUUAACCUACCAUUGCAAAAUUAAUAUAAUCAUAAAUUAAUUCAACAUCCAUAGAAGUCUCUAAAAGAGCUUAAGAAUAUUAUGGUUUAUUAGAUGUUUAAUGGGAUCAGCAUAGAGCUGGUAUUUGUGAAUAAAUACCACCUAGUGAUUCACAUAAAGCUAUCUAUGAUAAUAAACCUAUAGGUGAUGUUGAAUAUGAUGAAUAUCCACCAGCUAAAACAGAAUUAGAAUAAGCUAAACCUGCUAAUAGUAAUGAUUCAACUAAAUUAUAUGGAUUUGAUAUUGAAAAUCUUAUUGGAAAUUAAGAUUAAAAUUAAUAAAAAUAAUAAUAAUAAUAACCAUAAAUUACAACCUAAUUGCCUGGUAAUUUAUUUGAUCCAUUUGAUAUAACACUUAAUUUAUCUGGAACUCAACCAUAAACUACUUAAUAAAGUUAUAAUUAAUUGGGUGGAAUAGGUGAAUUUUCAAUUAAAUAGGAAAUAUAAUAAUAAUAAUAACCUAUUAAUCCAUUAUAAAAUUUAUAUAAUUAAAAUAUAAAUCUAUAUUAGCAGUAAUAAUAAUUUCCAUUCUAAUAAUAAUAAUAAUAAUAAUAAUAAUAAUAAUAAUAAUAAUAAUAAUAAUAAUAAUAAUAAUAAUAAUAAUAAUAACCAUUAGUUAAUUUACCUGGUGAUAUAUUUGAAUUAAAUCUCUAACCAUAAUAAUAAUAAAAACCAAUACCAUAAAAUAUACCUUAUAUCAUGUAAUAAUAAUAAUAAUAAUCAAUUAUCUAAACAUAAACAUAAUAAUAACCUAUUUUAUAACCAUAAUAAGUUGAAUAAAAGUCAUUAACACAAUAAGCCAUUGCUUUUGAUGAUGGUGCAUUAUAAAUAGAAUUUAGAGCAGUUAAAGUAUAAAUUAAUAUAAAUAUUUAAGGAAACUCCAGAUCAAACUAAUAUUACAGCUUAUUUCAACAAUAAAACAGCUAGUCCAAUAACAGAAUUAUAACUUUCCUUUGCUGUAUUAAAAUAUAUGAAAUUAUAACUUACAUAACCAACAUCUUCAACAAUUAAUGGCAAUAGCACUGGUUAAGUGAUAUCGGUAUUUAAACAUAUUUAUUUUUUUAGACUCUAAAAAUCACAAAUUCAAAUCAAGGAUAAAAGGGAAUUGUAAUGAAAAUAAAAGUUUCUUAUAAAAUUAAUGGUUUAAUUAUAGACAAAGAAGUGACAUUCAAUAAAUUUCCCCCAGAAUAUUGA